AUGGCACCCAAUCCUAAAAUCUCUGCAGUAAUUAAUAAUAAUACCUCCAUCAAUGAAGCAAUCCAAGUCUUGUUUAAAAUAAAAAUGCAAAUUGUCACAAAAAUCGAAGAGACCAAACGUAAAAUACGAAACUACAAACAACUGACUGGAGGUAAAGUGUCUAUUGUCCAGCAGGAAGAGCUGGUUGCGUUAUUUGACAGAGACAUCAGUCACAUCCAGAAUUUGCACGACGUGGUCGUACAGGAUUUGGAAAGCUUGAAAAAAAGCCUGCAGAAUCAUGCGGCUAUCGUGGAAAAAACCGAACUAAUAACGAACAUACUGGAUUACAAACUGUACGACAUCCAGUUCCAGUUCCGCAAUCAAAUUGACAAGCUAAAGGAGCGCAAGGAGGAAUGCGUACGGGCGGCACUAACCGGUCAAGACGAUUCGAGUCUGGCAUUAAAGCAUGUAGAAAUCGACGACGAAAUCGAGAUGCUGGAAGAGAGCCAUCAAACAAAUUUGGAGUGCAUCAAAGAACAAAAGCUGGAUGCACAAAAGGCCUACGAGGGCGCAGCGCGCCUAAUGGACGACAACUUGGACAACAUGACAGACGGCCUUAACAAGCUGCUAGUCUUGAUCGAAGCCGAAAAGUCCACGUUGGGAGACUCGCAAUCCCGACUAGUUGACGCAAAAUUCGCCGCGGAAGUCGCAACGUUCGAGGCCGACAUCGAAAAAUUCACUCAACUGCAAACCUGCGGCUGGAAACAGCUGCACGCCGAUGAAAAAAUAUCAGAAAUCCUGCAAGAGGGCAGCCUGAAAAUGCUUAAGCCUGGACAACUCAUCACCGACCGUGGGCAACAAAGCAGCUACGAGAAAGCCAAAGUGUCGAAGCUGAUCAACGAACUCGAUACAGACGUUCUGAGGGAAUUGAGGGGCAACUUGGACGAAUCCACCUCCUCGUCGGCUUCGAUCGACAGUGAGAAGUCGACCGAAGACACGCAUUACCUCAAACAUCAUUUGGGAAGGCCCCUUACGCAAGCCCUAAAAGAAAUCACUUCCCUACAGCCGCGCGAUCCUGUGCACUACUUGGGACACUGGCUAUUCAACUACCGCUACAACCAGCAAACGGAGGAGGUGAAAAAGUCGGAAUGGAACUCGUUACACGAACAAAGGGAGCGACUUGCCAAAGAGAGAUACCAUCGAUUCGUGCAAGAGGAAGCGAGGGAGGCGGUACUCGACAUGAUAGUGAGGGCAGAAGAAAUCGUCUUUCUACAGGAGCUGACGAGGAUGCAAGACGCCGAAGAAGAGGCCGAUGAGGAAGCAGAAGGACUGAAUGACGAGGCUAGAGACACUUUGGGACCUUAUACUGGGCCCACGACUGGACAGAGACCUUUGUAAUUUGAUUUUGGUUUAAUAGAAUGUGCUUUUAUUAUAA